GGCAUCUGCAUCGGCUCCGUCGACGUCACGGACGCCGAGGGUUUGGUCAAGCUCUUCGAGGAGCACGCGGACGCGAACACGUCCGUCUGGAACCUGGCGGCGCCGCUGUCGGUGGACACGGCGCUGAACCCCGCGAUCGCCGAGGCCAUCACCAUCGGCGGCAUGAAGAACGUGCUCGCCGCCAUGGCCAAGGUCGGCGCGAAGAAGAUCUGCUUCACGGACUCCAUCGGGUCCUUCGGCGCGUCGAGCCCGCGCGUCGGCGCGUCGGCGCGCUGGCUCACGAAGAACCCGACGCAGGACCCCGGGUCCGACUACGGCCUCCAGAAGCGGGGCUGCCGCGAGCUCAUGGCGGACUUCGCGAAGAAGCACAACGGCGACCCGCGCUUCGCCGUGCUGCCCGGCGUGCUCCACUCGAACUCCGUCUGGGGCAACGGCACGACGGAGUACGCGCUCGACGCGCUCCUGUCCGCGCCGCACCAGGCGACGACGCUGGGCCUGCCGACGGGCGAGUCCUACACCUGCCCCGUGGACCCCGACGUGCGCAUGCCCAUGGUCUUCGUCGACGAUUUGAUGCGCGGGCUCGUCGCGCUGCAGGAGGCGGAGCCGGACGUGCUCGCGGAGCCCGAGAACGGCUACUGCAUCCCGGGCCUGAGCUUCUCCGCCAACGAGCUCUUCUCCGAGAUCCGCAAGCACUACCCGGGCUUCGGGUUCCGCGUACAGCUCGACGCGAACAUGGACAAGUUCGCGAAGCUCUGGCCCGACGAGCUCGCGACGGAGGAGCCGCUCCGCGACCUCGGCUACAAGCCCGAGGUCGGCCUCGAGGAGAUGGUC